AUGAAACUUUCAUACAUAAUCCACCAAUGUCUUCGUCUGAGGUUCACUUCUCUGGUCAUCGUUGCUUCCCUUCUUGGAGAGGAUGUAGAGGGACUGCCUCCUGUUGACGAUGAUAUACUGCUUACUCUGGUGGACGGUUCAUUGGAUGCCACUGAGGCUAAUGCCGGGAUGUUCCGAUAUGAUGGUUUGAGUGUUGCCGAAGUCCUCGUGGCUGGCAGUUUAAGUGGUGCACUUUUUUAA